AUGGAAGCAGUAUCUGCAGCUGCUAGCAUCGCUGGCUUGCUGUCCGUUGCGGGACAUGUUCUCACCGGACUUGUCAAGCUCAACGCUUUCAUCCAGGAUGUGAAGGAAGCAGGUGCCCGCGCUCAACGCUUGACGAAGGAAGCGGUCGUCUUCUCCACGAUACUCAUUGACUUCAACUCGCUACUCAACACCUUGGAUGAAAAGGUUGUGGCCAACAAUCAAUCCUUCUUGGUGCCUCACUGCGAUAGAUCUCGUUCACAUCUAGAAGAAUGCCUUCAGUAUCUGAAUGCGUGGACGGUAUCUCAACGAUCCGAAGAUGAAAAACCUUCGAAGCGCCGCAUGAUCAUUGAUGUGGGCUAUCCCUUGGUGGAUUAG